AACAGUCCUCCUCAUCGCCUUCUUCCUCUCCCAAAAAACACCCAAGAUGCCUCUUGGCGGCCCCCUCGGCAUCUCAUUUGGCAAGCAGAUCAUCGCCAACCGCACGCUGUACCGGUGGGUCAAGCCUGUGGCGGCAUGGUACGCCGACUUGUGCGGAUACAGGAAGAUGGGCCUGCGGUAUGAUGACCUGCUGAUCGAGGAGAACCCUACCGUGGAGAAGGCUCUCACACGGCUCAAUGCGAAGGAGUCGUACGAUCGCGUCUGGCGUCACAGGGUAGCCAUGCAUCAAUCAGUGCUGCACAAGGACCUGCCCAAAGCUCAAUGGCUCAAGCCUCAAGAUGACGUCCGUUACCUCACCCCGUUGAUCGAGGAGGUCGAGGCGGAGGCCCGUGAGCGCAGGGAACUGGACACGCUGGAGGUGACGCGGAAGAAAUAGACGCGCUGUGCCGGAGCCUGGGCAUGGGAAGUGCAAGUGGUGGAGGCUAAUGGGCCCAAAAACGUAUUUUAUUCUCCAAAUACGCAAUAUUCCUUGCAUGGAGGUCGUUCGGCUGCUCUCGUCGUCCAUGGCGACGAACAGGAGCCUGUGCGAUGCGGAUCUAUGGGCUUCAUCGUUCUUGUUAUGUC